UGUGGAAGGAAUCUCUAUAUUUUGACUAAGCACGAAAGAGUCUUCAUGAAAGGGUCUAUACAUGGGCACAGUGGCUAAUGAUGCUCAUUCAUAUGAAAUGAGAGUAGCAUGUAGAAUUGGGAGAAUAACUUGAAAAGUGAAUAGGAGGUUCCAUUUUAGCAGAAGAAGAGGUUUCCUGGUAUCUUGCUUCCCCAGUCUCUGCAUAAAGACAGUGUGAAGUUGCCUUUGCACAAUGGAAGUGCAGGUUUUUUUCUUUGAGAUAAAGAAACGUGCCUUGGCUCCUAGAAGUUACUUGAUACAAGAGGCUCAGAGUCCAUGCCUUUCUGUAUCACACUUUCGUGGAAAUGGGAUGCAUUUUGCCUCCUUUUAGUGGUUCAGGACUUCUGAUCUCUGUUUCGAGUUUGCACAAGAGAUGUCAGGCGAGCAGGGGAUGUCUGAUUUUAUCAACUGUAACUUUGCAGCUGAAAGGAAUACACCAACUUAAACCAUUUUUUAUGGUGAGGAUAUGUUGGUAACAAUUCCCAGUUGCUAGGGGAAUAUUUUUGAGGCUCGCUUGAGAUAUCUGCUAGAGUGAUUGGCUUAUGAUAUCAACUGUUUCCUGUUUGGCCAAAUUUGCUCCUUGUUACCUUUUUCCAUUAAUAAGCAAUGGUACAGAACUAAAAGACGUGGGAAAUUCAGUGCGAUUAAAAUGAACAGUUUCCCUGCAUAUCUUGAGAAAGUCCUUUGCUUGUUUUAGUGUCCCGAGAAUCUAAAGAAUCAGUAUUUCGUUGCCUGUUCAGCAUUCAGUGUAAAGCAGGAGGGAUUGCAGAUCCUCGACCUGUUAGUCCAUGGAAAAUAUGUUGUAGGCAGAGUGAAAUGGCUCUGCUUGUCCAGCCUCGAGGAGGGAUGGUGAGAAGAUUCAUUUUAAGCUCCAUCGAGAUCAAAGAUUGAUUGCUAUUGCUGAUAUUGAUUCAGAUUUACGUAUGACUUUUUGAUAUCAAACUUUUAAUGGAUAAGGAAACUUAAAUUUAGACCCUGAUGAUUUGGCUGCUCAAUUAGAGGCUGUGGAUCUAAGUUAAUUAUCUGCAUGGGCUGGCAUACAAGGCUACUAUUGCAACCCAGUAUAUGUGCAUCAACCGCUGUCCAUGUUAGGUUUACAUCCAGCUGCUUGAUAGCCAUAUUGAGACUCAUCAGAUCUGUUUUGUUCGUCCGGGAGGAGAAUCAGCUCUGCCUCAGGGAUCAGCUCUCAUAAUUUUGUGUUAUCAGUCUGAGUGGUUCCGUUUUUGAUUUAGUAUUUGAGUUUGUUCGAUUGGGUCAGCUUUUGGCAGUUUCAAGUGCUGAUUGGCCUGAAAAACCUUUCGUUCCUGUCCUCAUAGUGUAACUUGGGAAUACCCUACCAAAGAGAUUGGUGGUAUGAUGUGCGAUCUUUCGAUGGCGGAUCAGUGACUUUCAUAUAACAAGGGCAGUGUCGAGCGUGGACAACUACAGUUGUAUCCUUGUGCUAAUUCUGAGAGAUUGUAGAUUUUCUUUUGAGUGCAGUCUCUGUUCUAUUUCUUUCCCCGCAUCCUUUUCUGGGAGCAAGAUAUUUCACUGUGCUAUUGUUGGCUUUGCUAUCCCACUGUUGUAGUGCCAAGAAUGCAGCAGAAUUAUGAACCAAAUUUUCCGACACAAAUUUGAGGAAACAUACGGUGAUGUGGCAUUAGUAUUGAAUGAUUAUGGUAUUACAAUGACAAAAAUGUUGGAUCCCUGUAAAGUUUUCUCUUCUGUGGGCAAUGCUUAUUCACUAACUGUUGAGGGACCUGCUGUCAGAACCCUUGACGUGUCUGAUCUUUACAGUGUUCAUUGCUGGUAUGAGCUGUUUGAGUUUAAGUCUCUUGGCGGCAACAUCAUCUUGUAGGGAAAAUGAAGAAAAUCAGAUUUAGGGGACACUUCUAGUCCAUUCAAAAGUUGUCAGUUGUGUGGUCUAUUAUGCAAUUGGUUGAUGCCAGAAUUGCUUUCUCAAUCUUUUGGGGGGACUGAGAUCCAAAUUCCGUUUCAAUUAAUUUUGGACUAUGCAAUGGCAGACUGACUUGUGUUUUCAUAGCAUUUGUUUGACUCCUUGCCAUCCCUUUCUUGUUAUACAAAACGAAUUAUGCUGGAUAGAGACACAGGCCGUCCCCGUGGAUUUGGGUUUAUAACCUAUGCUGAUCGUCGUGGUAUGGAGGAUGCUAUCAGAGAGAUGCAUGGACGUGAAUUUGGUGACCGUAUCAUUUCAGUGAACAAAGCUCAACCCAAAAUGGCAGAUGAUGUAGACCAUGCCUAUCGUGGAGGAGGCUACUCAUCUGGGGGCCGGGGAAAUUAUGGAGGAGACAGGCCUGCUGCACAAGAUGAAUGCUUCAAAUGUGGUCGCCUCGGUCAUUGGGCUCGUGAUUGCCCCUCGGCAGGUGGUGGACGAGGUGGGGGUGGUCCUCCACUCCCACAUUCUCGUUACGGAGGGGCUGGUGGUGGUGGAGAUCGUUUCGGAGGAGAACGUGAUCGUUUCAUUGAUGACCGCUAUGAUGGAGGCCGUUAUGGGGAUAGGGACCGCUUUGAGAGCAGAGAUGUGAAAUAUGCUGGCCGUGAUCGCUAUGUUGGCGACAGGUACCCAUCUGGUGAUCGCUUUGCCAGCGACAGAUAUGGUGGUUCAGAUCGCUAUGCUCAGAACGGUUUCAACAAAGAUAGAGGCUAUGACAGGGAUGCUGGCCCACGAGGAGGUGGUGAUAGGUAUGGAAGUGGAGGGCCGGCGCGUAAUGAGGAUCGAAGCUACCGAAGUAGGGCGGGUCCUUAUGACCGCCCAAGCCGGGGAGGAGGGCGCCCAUCUUCAUUUGAGCGCUAUUGAACACUCAGGAGUGCGCUCUGGCUAUCCUGCUUUCAGUCUUGUUUAGGCUCUAAGUCCCGCAUAUCUUCAUGUAGGAUGUUCCAGCGGCGACAACUUAGCAUGUUUUGCGGACCUAUUAUUUUUCAUUUGCUUUUCAUCUGUUCUAUGUCUGCUCAUCUUCCUACCAACUGGCGUUUUCUAUGAAAACUUAGGUCAUGUGUUUUCAUGUACGUGCUGCUUCCAUAUAUAAAUAUGAUGAGGCUGAUCUGCUUG